UACAACAUACCAGCGGAAAAUACGUAUAAUACCCUUGUUUGCCUUAGAGUGAAAUUCAAGAAGGCUUGCUCUAUCAAGUCCACUGGGCUUGAGAGAGGUUUGAACUGAUAGUGGCCAAUUGAUUACCUGAUACUAUUGGUUUCGUUUUAGGUUUGAGGUUAGUUGGAGGAAACUGGAACGGAGAAGGGAGAGUAGAGAUUUUGCACAAUGGGGUCUGGGGAACUGUUUGUGAUGACUACUGGGAUAUGAAUGACGCGAGAGUUGUUUGCCGUGAACUUGGAUAUCCAGACGCUGUUAGUGCUCCACACUCUGCACACUUCGGUCAAGGACGUGGUCGAAUUUGGUUGGACGAUGUAUCCUGCUCGGGAAUUGAAAGGUCUAUUGUAGAUUGUGGGCACAGAGGAUGGGGUGUGGAAAACUGCGGUCACGGUGAAGAUGCAUCGGUGAUUUGUUCAAGUGAGUACAACCUUAACAACCUAUGCAUAUAUUGACAAAUACACUGGUGUCUCUGGAUGUGCUUUCAUGCGUUAUUCAGUAUGCGAAAAAGCAAAGUAAUAUUAAGGCCUAGCGGAAGUGCAAAACACUGGAAAAAAAAAACUACGUACCUACCUACUAGUUUGUUUCUUUUCAUAAAUAUUUUUAUCUAACCCUGACUGUGCAUUUACCUCUCUAGCUAAUGCAUCUUCAAUACCUACAACUAUGUCACCAACAUCAGGUAACGGAAAACUUCCUUUUGAUGUUUUUCUGCAUUCAGUUUUAGAAUUUUACAAACGCAUUUUAUUUUGUUCUUGUAGCAGAAAUCUCAGUAGCGACAGUUUUUAGCUCCGUCCCAAGUGGUAUCGGUAAGUCGUUUGACUAUACUUAACUUAUAGUUAAUCUGUACAGUAUGCGUUCAUUUUGAAAACUUAUAAACCCUUACAGUAUUUUCAGAAUUCAUUUCUGUUGUUUGUAACGUUUGAUUUAAUGCUUGAAAGAAAUAAGUCUUAUUUCAUUGACACAAACCUGUUAUCUUACUAUUCACAAGUAAUUGAACGAGUUCCAUAGAUCUUCUCGACAAGAUAACAAAGAUAUUUUAUGGGUAGUUUUUCGUACUUUUGUUUGUUUUCAGCAAUAUCUCCAACGAAAAGUUCUUCUAUUACGCCAUUUACUGUAUCGAGUUCUGGUAAGUAUAGUUACGUUCUAAUUCGCUUCGCUCAAACAAACGUAAAUUAUUUUCCUCUUAAAUGUAUACAUAUACAUAUAUACAUUAUAAUACAUACAAAACAAACAAUGCUAUUUGAUGGUCUGAUGCUCAGCUAGGCAUUCCAUACCGACGUGGUUUUAUUACAGACUAACAAAACAGUACAUUUGAACGAUUAAUAGUUCAAGAAAAUAACAUUCUUAUUAAAUGCCUAAAUGACCAGUAACCUCUAAUCUUCUGGAAAUAUCUUCAUGGAUAUACAUGUCUUUGAAUUUAUUUUAGGUAUCUCCUAACAGUCGAAUAGGAUCUAGAUCUCAUGAGGAAAUGAACAAUUUCAGUGGCGUCAGCCUACAAAAAACGACAAAAAUGCGAAUGAGUCUGAAAUAUUACAAACAAUAUUAACAAGGCGGGAGGGCGGGAAAACGAACGGUAAACACGUCGGAAAGUGGAAUGCGAAAGAGAGAAAGAACGCAUUCUAUGCGGACGAAUUUAUAGUGUAGAUUAACCAAUCAGACGGUGCUAGAGAGCCCUGUAGAGAACUACAACAUACCAGCGGAAAAUACGUAUAAUACCCUUGUUUGCCUUAGAGUGAAAUUCAAGAAGGCUUGCUCUAUCAAGUCCAUUGGGCUUGAGAGAGGUUUGAACUGAUAGUGGCCAAUUGAUUACCUGAUACUAUUGGUUUCGUUUUAGGUUUGAGGUUAGUUGGAGGAUACUGGAAAGGAGAAGGAAGAGUAGAGAUUUUGUACAAUGGUUACUGGGGGACUGUUUGUGAUGACUCCUGGGAUAUAAGCGACGCGAGAGUUGUUUGCCGUGAACUUGGGUAUCCAGACGCUGUUAGUGCUCCGAGGUAUGCACACUUCGGUCAAGGAAGUGGUCCAAUUUGGUUGGAUAAUGUAUUCUGCUCGGGAAAUGAAAGUUCCAUUGUAGAUUGUAGGCACAAUGGAUGGGGUGUAGAAAACUGCGCUCACAGUGAAGAUGCAUCGGUGAUUUGUUCAAGUAAGUACAACCUAACCAACCUAUGCAUAUAUUGA